AUGGCCGAUGGUGCCGCUCGGGGAAGGCGUGCGCUGGCGCAGGAGGGGCCGCGCGCCAAGCAGUCCUACUUCUCCGACUCCGACUCCAGCGCCGAGGGCGCAGCGGUCGGAGCCGCCCCGAAGGAGGAGCCGGUGCAGGCGGCGAGCGGCCCCGGGCGCCGCAGCGCGGAGCUGGAGGAGGAGGAGAGGCGGCGGCAGACCGAGGGCCUGCGGCGCCGCAACGCGGAGCUGGAGGAGGAGAGCCGGCGGCUGCAAGCGCGCUGCGGGGAGCUGGAGGGGCGCUGCGGGGAUCUGCAGGGGCGCUGCUCGGAGCUCGACCAGGCGCUGCAGAGGCGCGGGCAGGAGCUCGAGGCGCGCGCCGCCGAGCUCGAGGCCCUGCGUGAGGACAGCGCGGCGCUCCAGGCCGCCCUGCCCCCGGCGGGGGGCCAAUAUCUAGCUGGACCACAUUUCUCCACAGAGUUCUACUCUACAGUCCUUGGCCUCGUGUCGCCUGUGAUGUGCUUGCUGGGUAUAGCGGCAUUUAGCUCCUUUGUGAAGGACAGGAGCUACCAGUUCGUGUAUAUGAUCACAUCUGGGCUGGCAAUAUUUCUCUCUAUGCUUGAUGUGGUCUUGUUUUCUAGAGCCAAUCUCUGGUUUGGCAUUCCGGAUGUCCUCUUCGUGAUGGGUAGUGCCGCAUCGUUGUCUGUCAUCUACCAGAUGCAAUCCAUUCCCGGCGUGAUGCUGAUGUCACGGGUGUGUCCAAAAAAUAUGCAGUCGACAGUGGUCGCUUUGCUCGUGAGUUGCUACAGCGUGGGAAUGCAACUUGCGGGUUGUAUCGACGCCCAGGUUCUUGAUUGGUUUAACGUCAGGAGCCACAAUCAGAGCGUCGCAACGCGGCUGCAGUGCCGGCGCGAUCUCCACGGCGUCCAGCGCGUGUUCCAGUUGAGCAGUGCUCUGAGCAUGUCUCGGCAGAAAGCCCUUCACGACAUGAUAGAAGGCGUCGGCGGCACCUGCGAGGCAAGGCGCUGGGAGCUCUGCAAGAUAAUUACUUUCAACUGCCUCCAAGAAGAUAUCCCAAUGAAAUGCCCAAUGGAGGUCUUCAGGUUCGUGGGGCUGGUCUGCAGUGGCGCGCGCAGCAGCUUCGGCGCCAACGCGGAUGGCUGGACCACCAAAGGGUGUGCUUACUUGAGCGCCGCCGAGGACACCAGCUUCUCGGAGGGGCUUGUCAUUCAUGCUAUGGGUCGAUGGCUUCUGGAUGGGGUGUUCAAGAUAGGCCUCGUCAUUUAUCCGUUCGUGUUUGGCUUUGACGUGGACGUGAUGUUGUUCCUUCUUCUCCUGCUGUUCGUGGUCUCCCUCAUAAUCUACGUGGAGCUGGCGCUGUUCACGCCCGGAAUCUGGCUGCAGGUGCACGGCUUCCAGAAGUCCCCGAUCUACAAGGAGGUCGCCGAGGUGCUGCCGCAGGGCGCCGAUGGGGUCAUCGCCGACGAGCACAUCGUCGACGGAGCAGCUGAGUUCGGCGGGUUCUUUCUCACCGCCCACGAGUGGGCCUGCGGGAAACAGCAGCACACCAACGGGCACCAGCAGAGCAUCGGGCACCAGCAGGCCUUCUUCAACCGCACUGGCGCCCACGGCGCCUCCCAGCACAACCACUUCCUCAUCCUGGAGGGCGCCCACCUGAACGGCGAGUUCAUCAUCGCCGUCGCCCCCUCGGGUGGUGAGCGUGCCGCCUUCCUUAGGUGGAGGAGGCUGGCGGCCACCGAGGGGGGCAAGAUCAUCGUGUUCGGCUCCCACAGGGAGUACCUCUUCUGA